AUGGGGAAGACUGUUGCUCCUUUUUUAAAGAAGAAGGGAGGAGGAGGUGCCUGGCACAGAGACCCGCAAGGCCCCGGAAGGGUUCUGGCUCCCAGAACAGGGUACGGCAGCUGGAGGGAGCUGGCCAAGGCUCUGGCCAGCAGAAACAUUCCGGCCGUGGACCCGAAUCUGCAGUUCUACCGUCCCCAGAGGCUGGGCCCCAAGGACCCAGGCUCAGCGCGUGGUGGGAGUGGAAACAGCAGCUACCUGAAGUGGAAUAAGCCGGUGCCCUGGCUCUCAGAGUUCCGCGGCCGCGUCAACCUGCACGUGUUUGAGGACUGGUGCGGCAGCUCCAUCCAGCAGCUGCGGAGGAACCUCCACUUCCCCCUGUACCCCCACAUCCGCACAACCCUAAGGAAGCUGGCCGUGUCUCCCAAGUGGACCAACUACGGCCUCCGCAUCUUUGGCUACCUGCACCCCUUCAUGGACGGGGAGAUCCAGUUUGCCAUCGCUGCUGACGACAACGCAGAAUUCUGGCUGAGCCGGGACGACCAGGUCUCCGGCCUGCAGCUGCUGGCCAGCGUGGGCAAGACUGGAAAAGAGUGGACUGCCCCUGGAGAGUUUGGAAAAUUCCGGAGUCAGGUUUCUAAGCCGGUCAGCCUGGCAGCUGCCCGCCGCUACUACUUCGAGGUGCUGCACAAGCAGAACGACCAGGGCACCGACCACGUGGAAGUCGCGUGGCGGCGGAAUGACCCCGGGGCCAAGUUCAGCAUUAUUGACUCUGCUUCCCUGUCCCUCUUCACAAAUGAGACCCUCCUGAGGAUGGACGAGGUUGACCACAUCCCGCAUACAGCAGCCAGCCACGUGGGCUCCCCAGACCCGCUUCCCACUGACGAACAACCACCCGCCGACAUGCUGCGGCCCGACCCUCGGGACACUCUCUAUAGAGUGCCUCUGAUCCCCAAGGCUCAGCUCCGACACGUCUUGCCCGACUGCCCCUACAAGCCCAGCUACCUGGUGGACGGGCUCCCUCUGCAGCGCUACCAGGGACUCCGGUUUAUUCACCUAUCUUUUGUUUACCCCAAUGACUACACCCGCCUGAGCCACAUGGAGACCCAGAAUAAGUGCUUCUACCAGGAAAACGCCUACUACCAAGACAGGCUCAGCUUUCAAGACUACAUCAAGAUUGACCAGCCUCAGAAGCAGGGCCCAGAGCAGCCAGGUUUCGAGGACGGCCUUCUAGAAGAAUCCCAGUAUGGAGAAGUGGCAGAGGACACCCCUACCCCUGAUGGCCAGAAUGCCAGGAUGCCAGCGGGGAAGUCAGACCCCCCCACAGCUCCCCGGCAGGAUACCCCUGACCGCCGCCUCCGAAACCUGCGGAGACUCCUGGCUCGGGCCCUGGAGGGCCUGGCAGCACCCCCUCCCUGGCAGAACUCCACAGCCUCCCUCCCCAUGAGGCCCAGUGCCGCCCCUGCCCAGCCAGCAGAUAAGAAGGCGAGGAAGCCCAGCCUUGAGCCCCACCAGGCUCCGAAGCAUCCUGACAAGUGGCCUCUGGGUCCCCAGGCCGGGCGCUCGCCUCCAGCGAAGAGGCCCAGGCCCCCCGGUGCCAGUCCUGGGAAGAUGCUAGGGCGGUCCCAGUGGCUGAACCAGGUCGAGUCGUACAUCGCAGAGCAGAGAAGGGGUGAUAGGAUGGAGCCUCCGGACCCCAGGAGGGACUGGCCUGAAGAGCAGGACGUGGUGGUGGCAGUAGCCGGCCAAGAAGGACAAACAGACGGCGAGGCUGAGGGGGAGGACGAGGGGGAGGACGAGGAGGAUGUGAGCGAGGUGUUGGAGUACCUGUCCAUGUUCGACCCGGUGGUGAACUGGGAACAGACCUUCAGUGCCCACGACCUGGAUUUCCAAGCACUGCGGACAGACUGGAUCGACCUGAGCUGUAACACGUCGGGCAACCUGCUGCUUCCAGAGCAGGAGGCGCUCGAGGUCACGCGGGUCUUCCUGAAGAAGCUCAACCAGAGGAGCCGGGGGAGGUACCAGCUUCAGCGCAUUGUGAAUGUGGAGAAGCGGCAGGACCACCUCCGCGGGGGCCGCUACCUCCUGGAGCUCGAGCUGCUGGAGCAAGGCCAGCGCCUGGUGCGGCUCUCCGAGUUCGUGUCCACGCGCGGCUGGCAGGGCGCCGAUGCCGCGGGCGGGAAGGAGGCUGAGGCCCGGAACCUGCAGGGCCUGGUGUGGAGCCCACAUGACUUCCAAGGGCACGUUCCGGGUGCCCGGGCCCCGGAGCCCAAGCUGUGCUGGCCCCAAGGCUUCUCCUGGAACCACCGCGCCGUGGUCCACUUCAUUGUGCCGGUGAAGAACCAGGCGCGCUGGGUACAGCAAUUCAUCAGAGACAUGGAGACCCUGUCCCGGGUCACCAGUGACCCACACUUCAAUAUCAUCAUCACCGACUAUAGCAGUGAGGACAUGGAUGUCGAGAUGGCCCUGAAACAGUCCAAGCUGCGGAGCUACCAGUACAUGAAGCUAAGUGGGAAUUUUGAACGCUCAGCUGGACUCCAGGCUGGUGUGGACCUGGUGAAGGACCCGCACAGCAUCAUCUUCCUUUGCGACCUCCACAUCCACUUCCCAGCUGGCAUUAUCGACACCAUCCGGAAGCACUGCGUGGAAGGCAAGAUGGCCUUCGCCCCCAUGGUCAUGAGGCUGCACUGCGGGGCCACCCCCCAGUGGCCCGAGGGCUACUGGGAGGUGAACGGAUUCGGGCUGCUAGGCAUCUACAAGUCAGACCUGGACAGGAUCGGCGGCAUGAACACCAAGGAGUUCCGAGACCGCUGGGGCGGAGAGGACUGGGAGCUGCUGGACAGGAUCCUCCAAGCCGGCCUGGAAGUGGAGCGUCUCUCCCUCCGAAAUUUCUUCCAUCACUUCCAUUCCAAGCGGGGCAUGUGGAACCGCCGCCAGAUGAAGACGCCAUAACCCUGGCAGGGGUGGGGCGCCCACUGGACUGAUGGCUUCCAGCACCUGGACCGCAGUGGCCUGGCCAGUGCCCACUCGCUGCCGGAGUGGGAAGGGAGGGUAGCAAGGGCCGUGGUGGGCCCGAGCAGCCUCCGAGUACCCCCUGCCCUGGCGGCCGUCCUCCGCCUCUGGGCCUCCAGGGCCAGGAGACUAGACAGAGGCGGCAGAGUUCUCAGGAAGGGCAGCGGGACCAGGUUGAGGGAGGCGAGCCCAACCUGGGCAGACCGCACUGACCAGGAGGCACCUUCCAGGGCCCACCCGGGGCUCCUCGGGGGGGCAGUGACCAUGGACUGGAAGCUCUUCUAUUGGGCGAAUUUUAUUGGGGUUUUACUUUUUUUUUUAAUAGAAAACCAAAACCACACAUGUCCAGACCCAGCAUAGACUGUGAGGGGGGUGGAGUUGUGCAUUUAGGAAGGGCACCCCGCCUCCCCCUGCAUACCUCAGACUCACAGGUGCGUCCCUGGGCCCUGGGGAGCUGGCCCCACGUGGAGCUGUUCCCAGCUCCCCUGCAGGUCCGUGCCUCCGGGACACACACACCCUCCUAGGUAGCCAACCGACAGCUGGCCACGGAUCAGGGCAUUAACCUCACCCUCCAGCCGCACUGGCUCCAGGCUGGCUGGAAGCACAGAGGGGACCAACUCCUCCCAGUGCCUCAGGGGUUGGGGGCCAGGGAACCAACAGGGGGCGGUGGGCUCCUGGCUCCCCCGUGCAGGGCGGACAUGCAUCACAGGUGAGGGAGGGGGGCGGGAUGGCAGGGGCGAGAAGCCCCCUUCUGUCCCAGCCACCUGUGAGCUGGGCCUUGGGGACCACAUGAAGCAGAGCGGGGAGAGGAUGAGGGGAGGUGUGAGGUCCGGGGGGAGGGAUGAGAAGGGAAGCGGGAAGCCUGAGUCCUCCCAGCUCAGCCCCUCCUGCCGCCCACAGGGAGGAAGAGGAGAAAGACCCUCUGAGCUGGGGAGCGGCCCCGGGGGGGAAGGUCUGGGGAGGUCAGGCAAGGGUGUCGUUCUGUCCACAGAGCCGGAGCAGGACUGAAAAGUGAAGCCGUUUCAGGGAGCACAGCCCUCGGCCUCUGUGGCCUGGGGCGCCUUUUCUGUCACCUAGAUCUCAUCGCACAUUUCUCUUGCACUAAUGAUCCCAGGCGCCUCUAGGCUGGGGAUGUUUCUACUGCUGCUGCCUUCUGCGCUGCUCUGACUCACCACCAGUGUGCUGGACGCGGCCUCGCAAAGCCCAGCAUCUGUGAGGAAGGGCCCGGAGUGGGUGUGGCGGGGCCCGGGGGGCCAGCCCGCUGGGCAGCCCAGGCUCGGUGUCGUGAAGGAGUCCAGGUCUCGGUGUGUGGAACUGCAAGUCCGCCCGGUGGGCCCCACGCUCACCCAGAGCAUGAACUUGGCCUCCGGGAGAAUGGAGCCCCGCGGGAACCUUCUGGACGUUGACGAGAACCCCUGCCUCCCUCCUAAGAAAUCAGGAAGGACAUGGAUUUUUUGGUUAAUAGAUUGUGGCUUGUGGAUGCUCCAUCUGCCCUCAGGCUAUGGCCUUUUAUGGCCCUGGCUCACACGCCGUGCCUUCGGAGAAGGGCUGUAGGGAGUGGGUGAGAGCUGCGGCUGCCUGGGCGGCCAGGUUUCUUUCUGGGGCUACUUUUAUCCCUGGCGUUGCCCAGCAAGGCCUGAGUCCACCCAGAUGGCCCUCCUGCUUCACUCCUCCUGAGGACAGGUGUCUGCCCAGCCUCCCCUCCCCGGCCUGCCACCCCCUCUGCCCCAGCCAGUGCCUUGCAUUCUGUGUUUGUUACCUCCACACCAUCUGCCUUAAUGGAGGGGGCCUGGCAUGGCCCCUACUCGGUAGGGAAAUGUGUAGGGUGCGGGGAGGGAAAGCGUUAAAUACAGCAUCUUCUCA